AUGGGCCCCUCCCGUCCCACUCUCCAGCCCCUGAUGCAGCUCCAUCUCUGGUGGCUCCUUCUGAUGCCAGCAGUGUUGGCUCGGCAAGGCUCCCACAUCCAGGCCGAGGACCGCCUCUUCAAGCAUCUCUUUGGGGGCUACAACCGCUGGGCACGACCAGUGCCCAAUACUUCUGACGUGGUCAUCGUGCGCUUUGGACUAUCUAUUGCCCAGCUCAUCGAUGUGGAUGAGAAAAACCAAAUGAUGACCACCAAUGUCUGGCUGAAGCAGGAGUGGAGUGACUACAAGCUGCGUUGGAACCCAGCUGACUUUGGCAACAUCACCUCUCUCAGGGUCCCCUCUGAGAUGAUCUGGAUCCCCGACAUUGUCCUCUACAACAAUGCAGAUGGGGAGUUUGCAGUGACCCACAUGACCAAGGCCCACCUCUUCUUCACGGGUACCGUGCACUGGGUGCCCCCGGCCAUCUACAAAAGUUCCUGCAGCAUCGACGUCACCUUCUUCCCCUUCGACCAGCAGAACUGUAAGAUGAAGUUCGGCUCCUGGACUUACGACAAGGCCAAGAUCGACCUGGAGCAGAUGGAACAGAUGGUAGACCUGAAGGACUACUGGGAGAGUGGAGAGUGGGCCAUCGUCAACGCCACGGGCACCUACAACAGCAAGAAAUACGACUGCUGUGCAGAGAUCUACCCCGACGUCACCUACUACUUCGUCAUCCGCCGGCUGCCUCUCUUCUACACCAUCAACCUCAUCAUCCCGUGCGUGCUCAUCUCCUGCCUCACCGUGCUGGUCUUCUACCUGCCCUCUGAGUGCGGUGAGAAGAUCACGCUGUGCAUCUCCGUGUUGCUGUCCCUCACCGUCUUCCUCCUGCUCAUCACUGAGAUCAUCCCGUCCACCUCGCUGGUCAUCCCACUCAUCGGCGAGUACCUGCUCUUCACCAUGAUCUUCGUCACCCUGUCCAUCGUCAUCACGGUCUUUGUGCUCAAUGUGCACCACCGCUCCCCCAGCACCCACAACAUGCCCCACUGGGUACGGGUGGCCCUGCUAGGCCAUGUGCCCCGGUGGCUGCUGAUGAACAGGCCCCUGCCUCCCAUGGAGAUCCAUGACCCCCAAGCUCCAAAGCUUAGUCCUACUUAUCACUGGCUAGAGACCAAUAUGGAUGCUGAAGAGAGGGAUGAGGCAGAGGAGGCAGAAAAGAGAUGUGUGUGCAUAGGCCUCCCAGCCCCUUCCAUGGGUGUCCUCCAUGGCCAUGACUGUCUGCACCUGGAAGCCUCAGGGCCCAAGAUCAUGGCACCAUCGGGGGAGAAUGAGAUCUUGCUGUCACCUCAGAUCCGGAAAGCACUGGAAGGUGUGCACUAUAUUGCAGACCACCUGAGGUCUGAGGAUGCUGACUCUUCGGUGAGUUGGGCUGAGGGAGGGGACCUUUUCCUGGGUGACUCUGCUAGCUUAGCCCGGAACAGUCUCAUCCCAGAGCAUCACCUCAGGUAA